CUGGCUUUUGUUCCUUUUGCUUCCGAGUUUCACCUACGGCUUUCCAUCCAGCGGUCACCACACGUUGGGCGCAUGAUCGAGCCUCUGCACACCCGAGUGGGAAGUCCGCAGCAGCGUCGCUGAUGGCGACGCGCCACAUUCUCACCUCCGCCUUCAAUUUAGGAGGGAGUGGGGCAAUACCCCUCGGUUGCUUCUCCAAGCCAAACGAUGGUCUCCUCUUUCUUCCCCGUUUCGGAGGGCGAACAGCAAGACUAGGUGGAGCAAGUGGCGGCGCUGCUUUAAUCUCUCUCACACCAUCCAUUUUCUUCUUCUUUAAUUUGAGGUUUUGUGGAGGACUUUGAUUGAAGUGAGGAAGCUGAGUGCAGCUCGGGAGAUUCAAUGGCGAUGGCAAUAGUGCUCAAGGGGCCCUGCUGCUGGUGCUUCCGUGAUGGAUUUGGAGGGAUUCUGGGAUCCAUGUUCUGGUCGUCGAGGUUUCUUUGAUUGAGGUUCUUUUCAGAUUGAAGGAUUUGGGGUGGAAGUUUUGACCGUUCGGUGGUUGUAUUGUUGAGUGGAAUUGGCAGAAAUGGAGGAAGACUUUGGUUCUUGGGUGACAAGGGCGAAGUUUUCGCAGGCUGUUUAUCACCGGUGGGAUUCUUCCAGGUCGCCUGCGGUUUGUGAUUUCGAUUGGGGUUUGAAGCCAAACAGCUCGAGUCUAGGAUUGAAGAACAGGAGUUCAAGUUUGGAAUUGAAAUCACAGAGCUCGAGUAUUGAACUGAAGAACAGGAGUUCAAGUUUGGAUUUGAAACCAAAGAGCUCGAGUUCUGAUUUAACUAGCUCUGCGAUUCCGUCAUCGGCUCAGCUCAAUUCUGACCAGGGACUCAAGCCAAAGGUGUCUGUUUUAGAGCAUUCAAAUGCGCCUUUGGUCCAGUUCUCUUUCCUACCUGACAACGAUCCAGUUUUGAAAGUGAAGAGCUUUAGUUCAGGUCUGUCUGUGCUGUCUAAUCCAUCUCGGGUACAACUGGAUCGCAGCUGGGGACCAAAAACAAUGAAUACAAGCUUGGAAUCUGCCAAUUUUCUGUCUGUUCCAUUCUCUUUCCAACCAGGUAGUAAUCCCUCGAAGCUACAGCCCAAGGGCUCAGAUCUACACUCUUCUGAUUUCUCUUUCCGUCCUGACAGAAAACCUGACUCGAAUCCAAAAAGCUCGGCGUCUGGUAAAGUUUCUAAAUCUUCUUGGAGGGCUAUAACAAAUUAUGAGUCUCCUAAAUCUAGUUUGUUUACUAAUGGUAGAAAACAGAAAUCUAAACCCAAGCAGAGGUCAUCAUCUCCUCCUCCGACUACCAUUCUUUCUGAUGUUUUUAAAGAAGCUAGGUCAAUUACAAAGAGAUUCUCAAGCCCCCCACCUAGCAGAAAAAAUUCUAAUAAGACCCUUCAGAGGUUCAUUGGAAAGAGAUUCUCAAGCCCACCACGUAGUGGGAAAAAUUCUAAUAAGACCUUUCAGAGUCAUAGAUUCACUUGGCCAUCACCUCCAAAAAUGGGUGCUUUUCAGGAUGCGUCUUCAAUUAAAGCCUCUGAGCACUUGAAGACUACUUUGAAUUCUAACGUUUCAGGUUCAAGCAUGGUUUCUGUCUACUCUGGGAGGACUGCAACACUUCCUGAUUCUCAUAAUUCUGUUCUGUUGACGAACAGUAGAAACUCUAAACCCAAGCAGAGGUCAAAAUCUCCUAUUCCCACUACUGUCCUCCAUGAUGUCUUUAAAGAAGCUAGAUCCAUUGGAAGGAGAUUUUCUACCCCACCUCCUAGCAGGAAGAGAGCUGAUAAGAUGCAUGAGCAUCAUAAGCUCACUCCCCCUUCACCUCCCAAUCUGAGUCCUCUUCGGCAUUUGUCUUCAGUUAAAGCCUCUGAGAAGUUGAAGAGCAGGAAGGACUCUGCUUGGGCAAAAUAUUUUGAUUAUGGGGGAGGGAGAGUUGCUGCCGUGGAUACCUUGGAGAAAUGCACAGUUGAUCUCUCCAAAUUGUACGUUGGGCUUCGGUUUUCCUCUGGAGCUCAUAGCAGGCUAUACCAUGGUAUUUAUAAGGAUCAGCCUGUUGCUGUGAAAAUUAUCAGACAACCUGAUGAUGAUGAAAAUGGAGUGAUGGCUGCACGACUAGAGAAGCAGUUCACUAGGGAAGUCACCUUUCUGUCUCAUCUUUAUCAUCGAAAUGUGAUCAAGCUGGCAGGGGCAUGCAAAAAUCCACCAGUCUUUUGCAUCAUCACAGAAUAUCUCUCAGGAGGCUCUUUGAGAGCAUUCUUGCACAAACUUGCCCACAAAUCCCUUCCUUUACCAAAACUGAUUGCAAUUUCUUUAGAUAUUGCUCGAGGAAUGGAGUAUAUUCACUCACAAGGGGUCAUUCACUGUGAUCUGAAACCUGAGAAUAUUCUAUUUGAUCAAGACUUUUGUGUAAAAAUUGCUGAUUUUGGAAUUGCAUGUGAGGAAGCAUAUUGUGAUGCAUUAGCUGAGGACCCUGGUACUUAUCGCUGGAUGGCACCCGAGAUGAUCAAACACAAAGCUUAUGGACGGAAAGUUGAUGUUUACAGCUUUGGAUUACUGUUAUGGGAGAUGGUGACAGGAACUGUCCCUUAUGAAGACAUGAUGCCUAUCCAGGCUGCUUUUGCAGUGGUUAAUAAGAACCUGAGGCCAGUCGUUCCUGCUAACUGUCCAGCACCCUUACAAGCCCUAAUUGAGCAAUGUUGGGCUCUGCAUCCAGAGAAGAGGCCUCAGUUUUGGCAGAUAGUGAAGGUCUUGAAACAGUUUCAGUCUGCUCUUGCUCGUGAUGGAACACUUGACCAGCUUCACAGCUUGACCAACCAGGAUGACAAGAAGCCGCUGUUCCAUGGGAUCCAAAAGCUCGGACCCUUGCAUGUUUAAAUUGCUGUAGAUUCUCACCCCUGAAUCAACUAAGUAGCUUUUCUGCCUCUGCAGUUAUCAUACUUCCCAACCGAAUAGAACUGCAGAUUGUUUUCAGAAAAUUUUUAAGUGAACAGCUGGUUCUGCUGUUGCAUUUGCUCAUGAGCGAACAAGUCAUCACCGGUUUUGGACACAACAUAUCCGUUGUAUUUGCAAGGAAACAGAUCAUGUUUCAUGUUAGUUUUCAAUGUAUCUGCCAUUGAGAGGUUUUCAACUGCGUUGGUUGCUGUGGACUUUUUGCUGGUUGGUCUCGUUCGUGUUUUGUCUGCCUUUGUUGGUUGUUCUGUCUCACUGUGACUAAAUCUAUUCUAUCUCUCAAGUUUGUAUAUCUGCUGUUUUACUAAGCUUUUUGAUC